AUAACAAGACAUAUCCUUUUUCUGAAGAGCACCAAAAGGAAUAUUCCCAACUCUGCAUCUUCUUCCCUCACGCAGUUAUAUCCCCUGCUCCUCUCUUUCAUUCUCCCUCAUUUUGAUCUCAUAAUAACAACUUCCACUUCUGAAAUUUUUCUGAGGAGAUAGAAAAGGGAUGAAAUUCGGCAAGAGUUUGAGCAAUCAGAUUGAGGAGACGUUGCCGGAAUGGAGGGACAAGUUCCUUGCAUACAAGGAGCUCAAGAAGCGGCUCAAGCUCAUUGAGCCCAAGGGAAACGCUGCUGGUUCCAGGAGCGACGGGCUAGGAGAGGAAAGAGCCCUAAAGCGCCCCAAAUUGGCCGUAUCCGUGGAUUCUGCGGGUGCAACCUGGUGUGUUGAAAGGGAGAACAUGACGGAGGCGGAAGCUAAUUUCGUGAAGCUGCUGGAGGAGGAGCUAGAGAAAUUCAACACGUUCUUCGUCGAGAAGGAGGAGGAGUAUAUAAUCAGAUUGAAGGAUCUUCAGGAUAGAGUGGAAAAGGCCAAAGAUUGCAGUGAUGAGAUGAUACAAACCAGGAAGGAGGUUGUCGAUUUCCAUGGGGAGAUGGUUCUUAUGGAAAACUACAGUGCUCUUAACUACACAGGGCUAGCAAAGAUACUCAAGAAGUAUGACAAAAGGACUGGCACCCUCCUUCGCCUGCCCUUCAUUCAGAAAGUGCUACAACAGCCUUUCUUCACCACUGACUUGCUUUACAAGCUUGUGAAGGAGUGUGAGAUACUGAUUGAUCGCCUUUUCUCUUUGAACGAAGCCGCAUUGGAAACUGAUGUUAGGAAUGAACCCUCCUCCUCAAUCAGUGGAACCACGGCCAAAAGUGACUGUCUGUUCAGAGGUGGAGGGUCAAAGGAGCUCGCAGAGAUAGAGUAUAUAGAGAGCUUGUACAUGAAGAGCACCUUAUCUGCAUUGCGGGCUCUGAAAGAAAUUCGAAGUCGAAGCUCAACCGUGAGUGUUUAUUCAUUGCCACCCCUGCAAAUUAAUGGAGUUGAUGAUACAUGUUGGAAUAAAGUUCCAAUCUUGGAACAAGAAGCAAAGUAGCCCAUCUGACUAUAUAUCAUGGGUGAGGGAAUAGAUGGUAGUGUUAAUUCCUCCACUUCGUUUUUUUGUGUGGCGAAAUGCAACUGUUAAAUGGUAAUGAGAUGCAUUAGAUACACUAACAUGAAUAUAAAGGAAACUGAUACUUCAAUACUUUUACAUCUCUGAAAUCAGGUCGUGUUGUAAGAAACUAAUGCAGUGUUUUUACUUUGGCUAUUAGUCAGUCAUGUGUAUGUCUGACUUUAAGAGCAUGUGUAAUGAUAAUUGCUUAAAUGGGGCGUCUUUUUCUGCUUUUCUUUAAAGCCAUUUGUGUAAUGACAAUUGAUUAAAUGGAGUGGCGUACAAGUAGUUUU